CUCAUUCGAUUAGCGCCUGCUGGGUAAUUAUCAUGGCCAGUGAGGAGACGGGCGCUGAACCCCCCAAGAGGGAUGUUCGCAACCAUAUGCUGUUCGAGGUUGCGACGGAAGUGGCCAACCGAGUCGGGGGUAUCUACUCCGUCCUCAAGUCCAAAGCUCCCGUAACGACUGCCGAAUAUGGCGAGCGAUACACUCUGAUCGGUCCCUUGAAUCGUGCUUCUGCCGCGGUGGAGGUUGAAGAACUGACGCCGUCGAAUCCCCGCAUGAUCGAUACGAUCAAGUCGAUGAAGGAGCGUGGCAUCGAGGUAAUCUACGGUCGCUGGCUCAUUGAAGGUGCUCCCCGGGUACUCUUGAUUGACACAGGAACCGGAUACAAGUACCUGGAUGAGUGGAAAGGAGACUUGUGGAAUACAGCGGGAAUCCCGUCCCCGGCUGCGGAUUCGGAAACCAACGAAGCGAUUGUGUUCGGGUACCUGGUAGCAUGGUUCCUUGGUGAAUUCAUCGCCCAUGAAAGACGGGUUGCCGUGGUUGCCCAUUUCCAUGAAUGGCUUGCGGGGGUAGCCCUUCCCUUGACCAAGAAGCGGCAUAUGGACCUGACAACAAUCUUCACCACUCAUGCAACGUUACUCGGUCGCUACCUUUGUGCAGGGUCGGUAGAUUUCUACAACCACCUCCAGCACUUUGACGUGGACGCAGAGGCUGGGAAGCGUGGAAUCUACCACCGGUACUGUAUCGAGCGAGCCGCGGCACACACGGCAGAUGUUUUCACUACCGUCUCCCAUAUUACGGCAUUCGAAAGUGAGCAUCUUCUGAAGAGGAAGCCGGACGGGGUGCUACCGAAUGGGCUCAAUGUUAAAAAGUUUUCUGCGGUGCAUGAGUUCCAGAAUCUACACUCGCAGUCCAAGGAGAAGAUUAAUGACUUCGUUCGGGGCCAUUUCUACGGUCAUAACGACUUCGACUUGGACAACACCCUAUACCUUUUCACAGCGGGACGCUACGAAUUCCGUAAUAAGGGAGUCGAUAUGUUCAUCGAAAGCCUGGCUCGUUUGAACCAUCGCCUCAAAGCCAACGGGUCCAAAACCACAGUGGUCGCUUUCAUUAUCAUGCCGGCUCAGACCACGUCUCUGACGGUUGAAUCCCUCAAGGGACAGGCUGUCGUGAAGUCUCUAAGGGACACAAUCGAGAUGAUCGAGAAAGGCAUCGGGAAGCGAAUGUAUGAGCGCUGUCUCGCAUGGAAGGAAGGCGACAACAUGCCAGAUGAGAAGGACCUCAUGGCCAGUCAAGAUCGCGUACUGUUGCGACGUAGACUGUUCGCCAUGAAGAGGCACUCCCUUCCCCCAAUUGUCACUCAUAACAUGGCCAAUGACUCGGAAGAUCCAAUUUUGAACCAGAUUCGCCGUGUGCAUCUCUUCAACGAUCCGACGGACCGCGUUAAGGUUGUCUUUCACCCGGAAUUCCUCAACUCUUCCAACCCUGUGUUGCCAUUGGAUUACGAUGACUUCGUCCGGGGCACUCAUCUUGGAGUCUUCCCAUCGUACUAUGAGCCGUGGGGUUACACACCCGCUGAAUGCACCGUGAUGGGGGUGCCCAGUAUCACCACCAACCUGUCCGGCUUUGGUUGCUACAUGGAGGAGCUGAUCGAGAACUCGUCCGACUACGGUAUUUAUAUAGUAGAUCGCCGCAUGAAAGGCGUUGACGAUUCCGUUAAUCAACUGACGGACUUCAUGUUCAACUUCGCCUUGAAGAGCCGCCGCCAACGGAUCAACCAGCGUAAUCGCACGGAGCGCCUGAGUGAUCUGUUGGACUGGAAACGGAUGGGCUUGGAGUAUGUCAAAGCUCGACAGCUGGCUCUCCGGAGAGCGUACCCGUCUUCAUUCGGCAGCGAUGAAGACUUCUUUGAUAUCAUCGGAGGAACUGAACAGAAGCUCUCCCGUCCGUUGUCCGUCCCUGGUUCGCCUAGGGAUCGGUCGGGGAUGAUGACCCCCGGCGAUUUCGCGUCCCUGCAGGAAGUCAAGGAAGGCCUGAGUACGGAGGAUUAUGUUGCAUGGCGCCUACCUGGCACAACCGAGGACGAUGAACCCGACGACCAUUUUUUCCCACUUACUUUACGGACGAAAAAGGCAUCCGAUCGACCCGCGUCGCCCCUCGACCAGGUCUCCGUAAAUGGCAGUAAUUGAUUGACGGCUGUGUACCAUAUCGGCAGCCACGCGUUCCGUUCGGAGAAGUGAUGUUGGUGCCAUUUUCUUGUGUGUUUAUGUGCCAUAGCUUUUCUACAAUUGUCUUUCUUACUUCUAUUGCAUGCUCUACCGAUAUUGUUUGGAGAGAAAUACACCGACCGUUUCCAGGACGUGGACUGUUAAGUCUCCCUGGAUAUAUAUUUUUUUUUUACGCAUUUACCGUUCAUUCUACCCUCGCAUUUUCCUUGUGAGCCUUUCACUCAUCUGUGUCUAUUGGGGAUAAAUUCAUUGCCUGAUGUUCUUACGCAAUUGCCUGACAUCAUAUCAAAAGAAGUUGUGUUGAGAAACUAGUUUAGUGAGGGGUUGAUCGAUAGUACUAAACAGUCCCACUUCAACACGAAGGGCCAUAGGCUGAUCCGG